AUGCGCUCACUAACGUGCACAAUUGCGCUCUGCGUCUCUCUAGCUAGCGCUGCAACGUUUUCGACGGCGCAAAGAACAGGCUCACCGUCCGACUCGCCCCAAGACUCGGACAUCUACCAGUCCUCCUAUCUUGGCGGCGAGCACAACAUCGAUCCCUCCGACCUCCCCAAUUUUACACGGCUCUGGAACGCAACCUUCAACACGGACGAGAAACACUGGGCGCGCCCUCUUGUCCACACUCUCUCUUCCACCGGCCGCCAAAUCAUCUUCACCGCAUCUACCGAGAAUCGUAUCAGAACAUUUGACGCAGAGACCGGCGAGCUACUGAACGAACGUCAAGUCGCUUCACCAUGGCCAAUGGACCAAGCAUACUGCACGACGCACGUCAGCAAAACACUCGGCAUAAUGGGCACGCCCGUCAUCUACCGCGAAGACGGCAACGAAAUCGCUUUCUUCUAUGUCAAAAGCUACAUCGAGGACUAUAGACAACCAGGUGGCGCUUACCCGCCUUUGAAUUCCGUUUACUAUCUCUACGGCGUGUAUCUGGACACGCUACAGGAUCUAUACAAAUACCCCAUGAUCAUCGAUGGCCAGGCCUCCGAUAACGACAUGCGCAAGACGUUUCUCGGCGGUCUGAUCUUGCAGCGGCCUGCGCUGCUGUUGCUGGGCGAUGUGCUGUAUGCGGGAUUCGGCGGGCUGUGCGACGCGUUCAACUACACCGGAAGUGUUGUCGCUGUUAAUCUCGCGACGCAGAAUGUGUAUACUUGGACUACGCAAGCAGGAAAUGCGAGUCUGUAUAACGACGACUGGACGGCCUGGCAUGGUGGUGGCGCGGGUGGCAUCUGGCAGGCUGGCGCGGGUCUCUCGUCGGACGGCAAAGACGUGUUCUUCACGAUUGAUAAUGGCGGCGGGUCGACUGCUACGACGCUCGAUGUUACGCCAAGGAAGGGUCACGAGCCUUUGGGUGUUCUUUCGGAAACGGUGGCGCGUAUCACGCUUGAUGAGGCGGGUGGUGCUGGGAUUCAACUUGUGGAUUUCUUCCGCCCGUCGGACUGGCAGACGGACUCUGGACAGGAUAUUGGGAGUGGGGGUUUUGCUGUCCUUGAUGGCGAUGUUUUCAAGACUAAGAGUGGGAAGAGGAUCGGUAUAGCGACCUCUACGAAUCCGAAGAUGUAUGUGACGGAAGUUGACAGCUUGGGUGGAUAUCUGCAAGGCACGAAUGGCACAGAUGGAAUCCUACAAACCAUUCCUUUGGAAGGCGAGGUCUUUGGUGCGAUUGGAUCUUAUCCGCUAGAAGGCGGUUAUGUCUACGUCAACCCAGGCAAUACCGCUCUAUCCGCGUAUGCAUUUACUCCGAACGCAUCGUCCUCGCUCUUCAGCUUCGCUGGCAAAUCCUCCGACUUGAACGGACACUGGGGUGGUGCUGGCCUCCCGACUGUCAUCAGCAACAAAGGUCAGCCUGGCACAGGUAUCGUGUGGGCCACGGAUGUGCAGGCUGGACUGAGAGCGUUUAAGGCAGUGCCGGUUAAUGGGACGUUGGUUGAGCUGCCGCUCCCGAAGGUGGAGGGUGCGGUGAAGUUUGGAAGACCUGUGUUUGGCGAUGGGAAGGUUUUUGUUGUUGACGGUCAGGGACGCUUGAUUGCGUUGGGGAGGAAGACGGCGACGUAA